AUUUGUGCGGCUGCGCGAUGCUCGAUGCUUUCGCCGUUGCUGACGCGACUUGGCAGGGGGAACAUGAGAGUGUGGACCCUGUGGUAGUAGCUAGCGACGUUGUAGCAACCGAGAAAGGAGGAGGACGAGAGAACUACCACGAAGGAGUAUAAUAGGCAAGCUAAUGGUAGCAGGUCAGCGGCAAUCCUAAUCGGCGACUAACCAACCUCUCCCGUAUGUGAUCGCCCUUGCUCGUCGCGGGACGCUGCCAGCGAGGGCCAAGGAGCGAAAUAGCAUAUCGCCAUUAUAUGAUCCAGUGUCCAACGUCACUUUUACCCUCCAUGUGGGUGAGGGAGCUGUGUGUAUCAGAUUAUGGCGAGAAAAACAGUUAGCAGGAAAAGGAAGGCAGGAGAGCCCAAGGACCAACAACAGCUGGGAUGGUGUCAAGCACCAAACAAGCGUAGCCGCGUUUCUUGUUCAUCACGUCAUGCCCAGCAGUGGUGGUGCGGCCGGCGCUCGGUGGUAUGUGCCCUGCGGGGGCGGGAGUUCAGACCCCAACAGCAGCACGAGUUAAGGCUGCAGCGGAGCCUCCGGGGCUUUGCAGCCGGCAGACUCCCCAGGAUCCUCAAGGAGAGAGAGUUCUCCCUGGGGCGACUCAACAAGGUGUUUGCCUCUCAGUGGCUCAACCACAGGCAGGUGGUGUGCGGUACCAAGUGUAACACGCUCUUUGUAGCUGAUGUCCUAACGGGACAGAUAACACGCAUCCCCAUGAUGAAGGACCGGGAGUGUCGUGGGACAGGCUCGGGGGUAGUGGGCGCGGUGGUGACGGGCCGGCAUUACCAACCCACAGCAGGCAGUCGUGCCCGGCUGGACCAGCAGGGCUGUGGGAUCCACGCUAUUGAACUCAACCCCUCUGGAACGCUGCUAGCCACUGGAGGAGACAACCCUAACAGCCUGGCCAUCUACCAGCUGCCCACAUUGGAUCCCGUUUGUGUGGGAGAUGAAGGUCACAAUGACUGGAUCUUCUCUAUUGCAUGGAUCAGUGACAACAUGGCAGUGUCUGGGUCCAGAGACGGCUCCAUGGGCCUAUGGGAGGUGACCGAGGAGGUAAUGAGCCAGGCGGAGCGAAGUCAGAGUGACGAGGCGGUACCGUCAUACGCCCACAUAUCCCACCGUGCACUCAAGGAUAUCCCCAAGGAGUACACUAACCCAUACAACUGUAAGGUCCGUGCCCUGGCCUUCAACAACAACCAUAAAGAACUGGGGGCUGUGUCUUUGGAUGGCUAUUUCCAUCUCUGGAAAGCUGAGCACAACCUGUGCAAGAUUCUGUCCACCAAGCUGCCUCACUGCAAAGAGAAUGUGUGUCUGGCGUAUGGACAGGACUGGUCGGUGUACGCUGUGGGUUCCCAGGCCCAUGUUUCCUUUCUGGAUCCACGGCAGCCUACACACAGCAUCAAGUCUGUCAAUUCAAGAGAGCGAGGAAGUGGGAUCCGUUCAGUGAGUUUCUACGAGCACAUCGUGACAGUGGGCACCGGGCAAGGUUCCCUUCUCUUCUACGACAUCCGGGCUCAGAGGUUUCUAGAGAACCCUUUGAAUUCAGGCGGAGGGUACCGAAAGUUCCCCGGAGACGGCAUCCUCAAACUCUCUACCGGGAAAGGCUGGCUGAAUCACGAUGAGACGUGGAGGAGCUACUUCUCAGACAUUCAUUCCUUCCCCAACGCGGUGUACACCCACUGCUACGACGAUUCUGGCACCAAGCUGUUUGUAGCAGGUGGGCCGCUCUGCUCCGGCCUGCACGGCAACUACGCAGGACUGUGGAGCUAGCCUUUCCGUCUCCUCCAUCACUCUUCUCACUACGUCCUCGUCCAGGCAUUUUCCCGACCGGUCCCUCCAUCCUCUCGCUCCAUCCUCCCGCAAGUCCGUUGACAACACUGUCCUCGGUGUUCCUCUUGCUCUUGUUGAGUGGUGAACCGGUUUUGCUCACGUGUGGACUGGGGAGCAUGACCUGCCGCGCCCCCCCCCGCAGCAGUGUCCCAUCUUUGAAUAUUGUUGCGUAUGUUUGUGUCCAGCAUUCCUCCACCCCUUCCUCCCCCAAUUAUUCCUGUGCUCCUUUCCACCUCAACCAGUACAUUUUUCAAAAGCUUCAAAGUCUGCCACGGAGUUUUGAGAAACAUCAAGAUUAGAAGAAUUUCAGAAUUAAAAAAAAAAAAAUCCAACCCCCAGGGAUUAGGCUGUGGUAUUUUGCCGGCUCGUUUUUUUGUAUGUUCUGAUUGUGUUCACCGCUGCUUCCUCAGUGAUAAAAGACCGUUUCUUUGUAAAAUACCUGUGGAACUUUUCGGUUCCUUUUCGUUCGCUUACUGAAAUGAACGGCAAUAAAAUGAGGGAGAGAGGAAGAAGAUUUACUGAAGAGAUGAUUCCUUUCGAAGGACUAAUCUGGAGUGCAGUCGGACAUUUAAUAGAGAAUAUUUACUGGUUGGAGCAGCCCGUCCUGCCCCACAACAAUCACAAAGAACUUCUCCCUGCAGAAGUAGAACCCAACCAAAAUGGAACUUUGUGUUCAUAUUUGUUCUUACCAAGAUGAUGCAAAGGAGAAACCGUAAGAUUGCAAAUGCAUUAUUGUUCUGCUACGAAUUAAUCCCAACAAAAUGCUUAUUUUAUUUUUUGUGUGUGAUUUGAGAGGCAGACCUGCUGAUAUUCUAAUUUUCUUUACCUUUAUUUAUUUUCCCCUUUCACCGUCACAUAAAUUCCAUUGGUCAGGGUUGUUUAUAGCUGCUUCUUUCGAAGGAUAUAUUGUCUAUUUGCCCUUUGCUUCAUGAUCUGUUCUCUUCGACCUGAAUACCUUAAGCCGAUUUGACCAUUGGUGGUGUUCAAAUCCUGAUCUGUAACCAUUCUUGUGUUACUAGAAAAUUAUUUUUAAUUUCGGUAGUAAAAACAUAUUAUCAAAUAUAAUUGAUCAUAUUUGGGACUCCUCGACAGGAACUAGAGAGGACUUUGAUUUUCUUAACCAUCCAGUAAAAAGGAUGCAAGGACGACUGAGUUUUUUGACUCGAGCCUGGCAUUAGAUGCUACAGGCAUAUGCUUUGGUUUUUCGCAGUUGUAAAACUUUUUUUUUGUACCAAGGAGUAAGUGAUUUUGCUUAGUUUCCUUGUUUGGUAGAGGCAGGGUAGGCUUGAGUUAUGUUCUUGCCUUCCUCUGGUCUUUCUGUGAAAGACUGCCACAGGCGAUCAUAGUUUUCCUUUUCUAUAUGGAACUUUUAUCUAGUUUUCAUGAAAAUGACAUAUUGAAAAGAGAAGCCCCAAUUACGACAACAAAUUGAAUAAAUACCAAACACUGUUAAAGUGUAUUUUAUAUAUAAAUGUGUAUCUGUAUGUGUAAAAUACAUUGGGACAAUUGCAUACAUUUUAUGUAUAUGUCUGAGGAAGUGUGUGGAUUGAUCUGUCUUACUUAGUGAUGCUCUGUUUUUUUUUUAUACAUACCUCGUGAAUGUUUUUACAAAUGACGAAAUCUGAGGAUAUUGUAAGAUAUAAACAUCUGAAAAAGCAAGCUAUUAAAUCUCUGAAAAAGAGUAAACAAUAAAAAAAGUAUAUUGA